AAAUGACUGAAAUACGUAAACAUAGCAACAACAAUAAGAGCGGAGUAAGCAAGGCUUAAGCCAUAAGUUUGACACUGAAUGAGCGGUGGAAGCAACAGGCGAUAGCUAUUAGCCACAAGCCAAACAUUGCUGCUCUGGCGAGAUCAGUUUAAGCGAGACAGUCGAGUGGAAAAGUUAACAAACGCGCAUGAAACGAGUAAACACUGAAACGUCGAAGUUUGUGGAAAACGUGAAAAAUACAUAGUAUUUAAUAACAAGUGGUGACUAAGAUUCAAUGAAAGCGAAGUGAAUAGUUUUUCUUUUCUUUAUUGCCAACAUUAUUUUUUCGAGUGCGUCGCCAAUUAAAAUCAAACAGUAGCAGUGAUUGCAAGUGACAGCAGCUAAGACGCGCUUGUUGUAAUAGCGGAAAAAUUAUAUACUUCCUUUUUUAUUUCUGCAUUUCUGCGUGCAAAAAACAAACAACAACCCAAGAUACUCAAGUGAAGUGACGCGCUAAAGUUAAAUGUAAUUGACAAAGCGUUAAUUCUAGAAACUCCGAUCAACGAAAGCCUGCAAUUCAAAUAUAAAAAAAUCAGCGGAAAAAAAUAUAAAAGAAUUAUAUAAAAAAACAUACAUACAUAAAUUUGAAAAAAAAUCGCACAGCGAAAGCAACUAAGCAGCGAAAAGGAAAGACUUAAGCGCCGAACGCGAUGGCCACACAAGCGCACACGAAACAAAUGACGGCGACAAGGAGCCAGCUGUUCACGGCCUUGCUAAUUUUCGCCAGCCUGCUUGUUAGCCAGGUUACUACACAAGAACUUUCGCCACCAAAUGAAUUUGCUCCCCACGUAACGGCGACAUGCAAAUCCGGCACAAUGAAUAUCAAAGUGAAAUUCAAUGGUCCCUACACGGGUGCAGUGCAUGCGCGCGAUCAUCGAAAUGCUGCCUGCAUGGCCAUGGGCGACGGCUCGGAUGCGGUAGGCUUCAGCAUAAAUCUGUUGGCGAAACAGGGUGCGCCCGAUUACUGUGGCGUGCUGGUCAGCAACGUGAGUGGUACCAACCGUACUGAGGAGCGUUCGAUACAGUUGGCGGUGCGCGUGCAUAAAACACUGGAAUUGGCGGAUGAUAAAUUUUAUGUAAUCACUUGUGGCAAAUCCGGUUUUGGACGCGAUGACAACGCGCAUGUCAUCUUGAAGUUCUUGGAGAAUGAUCGUCGUGUACGUGAAACGGUUUAUGGCCAUGAGUACAAAAUACGCGCAGAAUUAACGAAGCCAAAUGGUACCUAUGGCAUACGUGUGGCGAACUGCUUCGCUUUCGACAAGAAGAACAUCAGCAUUCCGCUCACUGACGACAGAGGCUGCCCCGUGGAUCCCGAUAUAAUUUCGCGUUUUGUACCAAACCCUGAUGGCCACAGCGCUGAAGCGACACUCAAAUCGAUGUUCAAGUUUCCAGAAGGGUCUGAAGUGCAUCUACAAUGCGAUGUGAUUCAAUGCUAUGGCCGUUGCAUGGAUGAUGAGGACUGCAAACAGAUCGCUUUGGCCGGUGCAGGUGGCGUAAGCAAAGGAGGCAAUCGUAAAUUGGGUCCAAAUGAGGAGGGUUCCAGUUUGGCGGGCACCACUGUAUUUGUGCUCGAUCCAGCAAAGGCGCCAUUGAUCAGUGGUGACUGCGAGGAUGGCAUUCGCCCACCAUGGCUACUGUGGUUGGCCAUCACACUCGGCGUACUCUUCCUCAUCAUGUUGCUGAUGAACAUUUUCCUCUGCACAGCGAUGAGUUGCAGCUGUGCGAAUACCGAGAUCAUCGAAAAAGAACCAUCCAUCAUUGAAGAAUACGAUCCGUACCGAAGUUGGCAUGGUAGUCAGUAUGGGUCGCGUUACUCACUGCAUGGGCGUGACGCGCAUAAAGGCUACACAAGCGGUGGCUCAACAAUACACUCGAAUAGGUCGAUUCCCAUUGAUAAUGACAAUUAUGCGAUUGUACAUUCACGUCCCGGCUCUAGGCAAACCGGACAUGCGCAAGGACACCGCUCCCGCGGACCGCCCAGUAAUAUGUAACACAAAUAUUUUGAUUACGAUAAUGCUAACUCUUAACGUUAAGUAAAAUACUAAGUUUGGUUUUUUUUUUGAAUAAAAAAAAAUAAUAACAAAUUAAUAUGAAAUUAAUUAAAAAAUAUAUAAAAUUGUAUAUAAAAAAUGCAGCCGCAGCGCUUUUACUGCAAACUGUUCUUACUCACGCACUUUGGCCCGCACUGCUUUCCACAACUAACGAAAACGUUGAAGCUGCUAUGUUCUAAAGGCGCUGAGUGUCAGCUGUUAACGAAAUCCUAUUACACUUGAAUAUUUUUAAAGAGAAUUAUUUUGCAUUAAAUUUUACCAAAAUUAAUAUUUUUAUUGUUUUCUAAAAAAAAAAAUUAUUUU